AUGAGCAAGUUACCGACUCACACGAAAGCUGUUGUACUCCAGGAAUCACAAGUUCCGCGGACACCGUUGUACUAUGACGCACCUGUGGUCAAACGACCUCUUUCACCCCCAAAAGCUGGGGAAGUCGUGGUCAAGAUGGGCGCAGUAGGAUUCAACCACAAAGAUGUGUGGAUCCGACAGGGACAGUACCCAAACAUUCAACUAGGUGCUGUCUUUGGCGGCGAUGGGGUUGUGAUUGCAUCUGGGACACCAAAUGACCCCUUGCUAAACAAGCGCGUCUUCUUGACCCCGUCAAGGGGCUGGGAGAAGGAUCCUCACGCCCCAGAAUCAAGAUUUGGCAUCUUGGGUGGUGGCGUUUAUCCCCCCAUUGGCACCUUUGCAGAGCAUGUCGUCGUUGAGCGAGACCAAGUCAUUCCAACUCCUGAGCAUCUUGAUGACGUCCACAUUGCCGCAUGGCCCAUUGGCGGUGUAACAGCCUGGAGAGCCGUCGCCGUGAAUGCCCAGGUCGAAAAGGGACAAAAUGUUCUCAUCACGGGAAUUGGGGGCGGCGUUGCGCUUCUCGCGAUGCAAUUAUGUCUCGCAAAGGGGGCCAAUGUAUAUGUGACGAGUGGAAACGAAGCAAAGAUCCAAAAAGCCGUAUCUCUCGGCGCCAAAGGCGGCGCGAACUACAAGGAAAGUAAGUCAUACCCCCCCUCCAUCUCCCAAACCCAAGAACACAAUCUAAAGUUUGUGAAAGAAAACUGGGCAGCACGAAUAGGCACAUUGCUUGCUAAAGAGAAGAAAGGAGCCAUGCUCGAUGCGAUUAUUGAUUCCGCAGGAGGAGAUAUCUUUGGGCAGGCCGGGAAAAUACUCAAGCAGGGGGGGCGUGUUGUCUGUUAUGGGAUGACGGCAAGCCCUAAAAUAACCCUGACAAUGCGGCAAGUCCUCGCAAACCAGCAAUUACUUGGAUCCACGAUGGGGUCUCACCAGGACCUGCUAGACGCGACCGCGUUCAUCGCGAAGCACCGCAUCGUGCCUAUCGUAUCGCACAUUCUCGACGGGCUCGAAUCGGCCGAGGAAGGGUUCGAGCUGAUCAAGCGCGGUGAUCAGUUCGGGAAAGUCGUCAUCAAACUGCGCGGCGGCGAGAUGGGAAAUACCCACGCGAAGCUCUAG